GAGUGGCCAUCGCCGGAGCUGGCGGCUUUGCCCGUAUUCUCGCCCAGUACAUUAGCCAAACCCACUCUGUUCUCAUUCUUUCAACUCAGGUCAGUCCAAUGUCGUGUGUGGUGUUUCAGAUCUUUUCAGCUAACAUAUCAGCAGCCCCGGCCCGAGGUGGAUGAACAAUGCCCUGGUUGUCAGCUUGUCGUUGUGGACUAUCAAGAUAUCGAGAAUCUUCGGUACGCCGUUCUGGGAGCCGAUAUUAUCAUUUCGACCAUCUCGGGCGCCGAGCAGCUCAAUCUCAUUGAUGCUGCUCGUCGUGCUCGGGUUCGUCGUUUCGUCCCUUCUGAAUUCGAGGGCGACAUGUCACGCCGACCGACUGACGACCCGCUGGACCGUGGCGGACAAUCCGCCAUUGAGAUGCUGGAACAGCUCCACAUACGAUACACUAUUUUCUCCUGUGGCAUCUUCAUGGAACGCUUUGCCCCAGGAGGCUUGCAGACCUAUCACAUCGGGGCAGGAUCGGGAGUUCAGGGGCCAAGUGACUACCUUGUUGAUAUUCAAGGCUGCAACGCUGAGAUUAUCCCCAACAACCCAAGUGGCCGGUCAGUCCGUGUUACGCUCACAUCGGUAUACGACGUGGCCCAAUUUGUCACGGCAGCCAUCGAUCUCGGCAUCAGCAACUGGCCGAGAGAAUACCGCAUGAGGGGCGAAACGAUGACUGUUACUGACUUGGUUCAUACAUGCUCCGAUUUCCAUUCAACCUUACUGCUCGCCAUUACCGUGAGGUCGAGGCACAAGUCGAAGAACUCCGGCAGAACGGGGAUUGGGGCUACUACUACUUCUACUAUCAGCGACUCCUGCAGACGGCCCUUGGAAGGUACCACGUCCAUUCACCCAAUCUUAACGACGAUGUUCAGGUACAACCCAUGUCAUUUAGGGCUUGGUUGGAGAGGUUCUGGGGUGCGGCAGCCUAGGCCUCCCGCUGAAUCAUGGUAG